CUUAAAAAAGCAAAUAAUUUGGUUAUACUCGCGCUUAGGAUAUCUAAUUAAUAGCUCAUAGCUGUAAAGAGGCCGGUAUGUAAUUACAUAAGGCUCUUAUCCCUAUCAUAACCGGGUCCGUAGCCUCCCGCCCCAAUUGUCAUCGGCGAAAACUAACCUAAAGCUCCGACUCUUACAAAAAUUCUGGAGCUUCGAUAAUUCGUGCUCUAAAAUCCAUACCUUAUCCCACCAGCGUCUUGCGCAAUCCCACGCAAGUAGCCAACAGCAUUCGCUAUGAUAUGCCAGCGAUGUCUCCAGCGAGCCUCGGCGCUCACCUCGCGCAUGCCUAUUAGAACUCCGGCCCCGCUCCUACGGCCGUUCUCCAGCACUAUUGCGCGCCGGACAUCUUCUCCCGCUCCCGAACCACCAUCACCGUCUACGAGCGAACCGCCCGUGUUCAGCACGCCGCUAGCCGACGCCGCUACCGAGGAAAAGCCUGUGCUGUCGGCGUGUCCGGAGGGAACCAUACUGACGGGUCUUAAUUACUUCAAAAACCGGACAGAUCCUGUUGCGCUAGCCGAUGAUGCGUAUCCGGAGUGGCUGUGGAAGUGUCUAGAGGUGCAAAAGAAGGCGGACGAGGAGGCGGACGAUGAUGCCGGUGAUGAAUUUUCAAAAUCCAAGAAACAGCGACGUCUAGCCGCCAAGCGACAACGAUUCAUGGAAGCCCAUCUCCUACUCGAGGGCAAUAUCGAAGCCCUGGCGCCCAAGAUUCCACUACAGCACCAGAGUAUCAACUUGCCCGCCAACGAAGAGGGCACCAUAGAGGGCGCCGUCGCGGCGCAGCAAGCGAGAGAGGAUCUGCGCAAGGCCAUGCGCAAGGAGCGGAGGGCCAAGAUUAAGGAAAGCAAUUACCUCAAGAGCAUGUAGUCUAUGGUUUAUGGUGUGGUCUGGACCGUAACCUAGUCGCUUUUCUGCCCGAGAUGUACUAUACGCCACUAAACCUGUCACUAAACCUGUCACUAAACCUAUAUACAAAUCAAAUAUACCAAAUCAAAUAUACCAAAGGACAGGCACUAUAUACCGUAACAGACAAUCUAACGUCAUGUAGAUC